GGCCGCCUCCCUGUGCCCCGCCCCUCGGGUUCGCUCUCUGGCUCCCGGCUCCUCCCGGCUCCUCCCGGCCCUUCUCCAGGCUCCCUCCGGCUCCGGCUUCGGCGCGGUGGCGGCGGGCAGUUGCAGUGGUGCAGAAUGGCUGACCUCAGUCUUGCAGAUGCUUUAACAGAACCACCUCCAGAAAUUGAGGGAGAGAUUAAGCGGGACUUUAUAGCCACACUGGAGGCAGAGGCCUAUGAUGAUGUUGUGGGAGAAACUGUUGGAAAAACAGACUACAUUCCUCUUCUGGAUGUUGAUGAGAAUACCGGGCAUUCGGAGUCGAAGAAGAAACCAUGCCCAGAUACUAGCCAGAUUGAAGGUACUCCGUCUCCUAAACCAGCCGUGCUAGCCAAUGGUGACCAUGGACUAGGAGGGAAUGACGCUACAGGGUCUCCAACUGAAUUCCUUGAAGAGAAAAUGGCCUACCAGGGGUAUCAGAACAACCAGAGCUGGCCAGAAAAUACAAACUUUUGCUUUGAACCCGAGCAAGUGAUGAAUCCUCUCCAGGCUGAUCCCUUUAAGAUGCACCAUGAUGACCACCUGGAAGAUUUGCUCUCUUUCCCCGGUGCACCAACCAGUGCUCCAGCCUUUACACAACAGAACGAUCCCCUGAAAGACAGUUAUGAUUUGUUUCCCUGCGACACAUUUGCUCCUGCAGUGGUUGUACCUCAGAUCUGUCCUGUGGGACCCCCAAACUUUCCCCAUGCGGGGGCCUUCAUUUCCCCGGAGGCCACACAAUCUCUGCAGUUCAUAACAGGGCCAACCGAGGGGGUAGAAAUGGCAUCAGAAGAGAGGGCACCAACAGAAGCAUUGGAGAUAAUGACGGGACUGAAGGCUGCUGACAUGGCACCAUCUAGAGAAACAGAGGUGACCCUGGCUAAAGACAUGACACCGAUCACAGAAACAGAGGUGGCGUUGGCCAAAGACAUGGAACCACUUACCAAAGAAGAUGUGGCAUUUACCAAGGGCAUGGAAUCAUCCAUCGAAUCAGAUAUGUCCAUAGUUAAGGAUGUGGUACUACCUAUGGAAACAGAGGAAACCCCAGCCAACGACAGAACACUAUUCAAAGAAACAGAGAGGGCACCGCUUAGAAAAAUGGAUUUCGCCCCAGCUGAGGGCAUGGGAUCACUCUCAGAAAUGGGGGUGGCACUGGCUAAGGACGUUGUAUCGCCCUCAGAGAUAUCCUCAGCCAAGGAGCUGGCCUUGUCCUCAGAAACAGAAGUGGCCCCAGUCAAGGACAUGGCUGCAUUCCCAGAAACAGAGGUGGCCCCGGUCAAGGACAUGGCUCCAUCCCCAGGAACAGAGGUGGCCCCGGUCAAGGACAUGGCUCUAUCCCCAGGAACAGAGGUGGCCCCGGUCAAGGACAUGGCUCCAUCCCCAGGAACAGAGGUGGCCCCGGUCAAGGACAUGGCUCCAUCUCCAGGAACAGAGGUGGCCCCGGUCAAGGACAUGGCUCCAUCCCCAGCAACAGAGGUGGCCCCGGUCAAGGACAUGGCUCCAUCCCCAGCAACAGAGGUGGCCCCGGUCAAGGACAUGGUUCCAUUCCCAGAAACACAGGUGGCCCCGGUCAAGGACGUAGCUCCAUCCCCAGAAACAGAGGUGGCCCUGGUCAAGGAAAUGGCUUCACCACCCAAAACAGAGAUGACCCUGGCUAAGGAUGUUGUACCACCCUCAGAAACAGAGGGGUCACCAGUUCCAGUUAAGGACAUGGAAGCUGUACGAUCACAGGGAGAAGUACGUGAGGAUUCCCGGUUAGAAUCCCUCCAGAAUGAGGGGCAUUUGGCUGCACCUACUUCCACGGCUGCACCUACUUCCACCACUUCACCAGAACCAGUCACAGCCACGGGCCAAAAGUUCAACUUGCCAACAGAUGGGGCAUCUGUGUUAGAGAAACUAGAGCAAAAGAAACCAUUCAGUAGCCAACCUUCUGAGCUUCCUUCAGAGACCUCAGGUACCCUUCCCACACAAGGCAAACACGUGUGCAGACCCGGUGACCGCAGGGCCACCCGGCCCAGGCCCGCCAGGGUCCCUCCUGAGCUGCUGGGAGGCUCUUCACGGAAGACUCUCGAUCCUGGGCUGGGCCCCUGCUCUUUGUCUGAGGCGGGUUGGGUCUCUGGUUCCACUUCCUGUGGUGAGCCUGGGAACCCAAGGAAACCUUUUCAUGUUGACUUCCUUGAACCCCAGAGGGAUCUUGGCAGGGAGGCCUGGGAUGUAGAAAGCACAGCCAUGUUGAUGAAGAAAAAAAAGAAGAAACCAAAGCAAAAGAGAUAUUCUCAACCCCGGGCUGGGGAACCUUGGGAUGAUGAUAACUAUGCAAAAGAGCCCAGAGGUCAUCCCUUUGCAGCCGACCCACAGAAGCCGGGUGUUCUCCCCGGCCUGUCUGCCACUGUGGGCACAGAACAUGGACCGGCAUCCAGAGAAAGCCUGAAAAAGGGGUGUGAAAUUGACUCCAGAACAGCCAGACUGGCAGCGGAGAACUUUGCCUCAGAAAGCCUCAGUGUUGCUUUGUGUCCUUUGGAAGAACCCCCGAAAGCUGCAGUAAGUUCUCAGCUGAGUGGAGAGGCAGAGGUCAAGGGUCACAAGUCAGGCCCACAGAGCCAAGACAGGAAAUCUCUGCAGCGAGAUGAAUGCAAACCACAGACGGCUCCCCAAGCGGAGACCCCUGGGGAUAAAGGCCAGACAGUGGGCUCGAUGAAACUGAAAGGGCCUCUGGGGCCUCAGACAGUUUCUGCACACAAAGUAGAAAUUCCUUCCAACGUCAGACCCCAAGAGGGCUGCUUUCCUGUCUUGGACCAAGAGGUUGUGGGGGAAGUUUUAAAACCUAUGGCAGCAAAAGAACUGCCUAAUUUGAUACCCACUUUGACAACAAGUAACACAUUAGAAAGUAGUCUGAAAGAAGGAAAUGAUGAAAGGAAAAUGGCUAAGCUGCAGACUGACAAACAGCAAGAGUUCUCUGCAGGAGCUACAGACGUAAAAGAACUUAACAAGGAAGAUUUUCCCAAGCAAAGACAAGAGAUGGGCAUCUUGGCUUCUGUGCAGCCACAGGACAAGGUGCAGGUUCCCGAGCCAGGGAAUGGACCGUUUAAGAGAGUGGCAGGUGAUGGCAAAAGCAGGAAGGGAAGGGGGACCUCUGGGAGAGUGAGAGCUAGUUCCGGGAAGGUAAGAGCAAGGGCUGAGCUGCCGGUCCUUCCAGACAGGCAGGAGGACAGCAGCGCUGUCCUUGGGCCCAGUGAGCCAGCACCUAAAACUGAAAGAAUGACCGCUGGGGCUAAGAGUGAGGGGCCGGGGCUGGAUUUUUCCAGGCAGCCAGGGAGCACGGCUGACCUCCCAGAGGCAGUGGUCAUGGGGGAUCCCAAGGAGACAACUGACCCUCGUGUGGCCAACACCUCGCAGGCCUUGAUUCCUUUGGGAACUGGGUCAGGUGUGACUCAGACUUCCGGUGCUACAGCAGAAAGGGGAGCCUUGGCCAUAGAUCUGGGUGUCAGUAACCAGAGCAAAGAAGGAAGGUGUCCUUGGGUAGAUCAUGAGGCAGCUCCCUGGAUUUCUGAAAAGCCUAAAAAAAGAAGCAGUGAAGGCAAAAACAAAAAGUUUAAAAAUAAUUAUCCCACACAGCCUGCUAGGGUGGAGAGCAAAGAAGAAACCCUCAGCCCACCUUUUGGAGGGACAGAUGGAGGUGCUGGGAGCACUCCCCAUCCAAGCCAGGACUUAGGACUCACUUUCCCUGUAAAUCAUGAACCUUUGUUCUCACAGACAUCCAGUAGCCCCACAGUGGAAGUAAAUGACCGAAAGGGUAGAAAUGUGGAGGUUAGUUCUGUUGAGCUUGGGGCUGUCAGUGGGAACAAAACAAACACAGUCAAGGAUUUUGCUGUUAGUGACGCAGCUACCAAAGUGACAGAUGUGAGCUACCAAGACCAAACCCAGGGGGCAGGACUUGUUCCUUCAGCACUGCCUGAGGAGCAUAAGACAGAGGCAGCCAAGGGGCACAGUGCAGUGGCUGACAAACCAACUAAAAGGAGUAAUGAUGGAAAAAGUAAAAAGGUUAAAAAUAGUUUUCCUGAGAAGCAUGAUUUGGAGACUAAGACAGAUGCAACAAAAAGACAUGUUCCCAUGGAAGCCACAGGGGACCCCAGAAUUGAAGGAAUGGGCUAUGUGGAUGAAAAUAGAAAUAUUACAUUUACCUGCCCUGGAACACCACCAGAGGUGAUGAAUAAGUCAGUCCCUCUAAAGGCUGUGGAUUCAGCAGUCUGUGAAAAACUGCCCACUUCCGUCCCUCAGUUAGUAAAGGAAGGUGAUUCCUUCCCGGACACCUUGGCAGAAAGUAGGCAGGAGACAGCUCCGGCCCAGAUUUCCAAAUUAUCAGCCGUAGAUAAUUGCAGCAAAGAUGGAGUCUCAGAUCAAGGAAGAUGCAAGGCUCCCUCCGCCGCUGUGCCCUUUGCAGGCAUGGGAGGAGGUGUCUUGGCUUGUACAGCAGCCACAGAAACGGUGAGGAGUGCUGGAGAUAACCGUGCUAAGAGUAGCGGUGGGCUUGCUGACCCCAUGAAAAAGAAGGCAGGGACAGACCGAGGGCACAUGGCAAGAGAGUCAGAGUCAGUGCGCGGCGAUGCAUCUAAGCCUCUGGUGGAGAAAAUCACAGAACUAGCCGAAGGGCUCCCCGCGGAGCGCCUACCAGGUGAGCUCAGAGGCCCAGACGUGUGUGCAGAUAGGAGUGAUUUUCCCACGUAUCCAGUAAAUGAAAAGAAAGAGUCUAAGGAAGGUUCUGCUUCAGCUGAUAGUCCUGACUUACUGGGAGACAAAUCACAAAAGCCCCAUUUCUGGGAGGACCAAAAUGCUGACAGUAGACAGCCUAGGGGCCCACCCGAUUUGAGUAAGGAGGUGGAUGUGACUCUUCCGCCUCCAAAAAGUGAAAAGGAGAAAUUGGAAGGACUCAGCCUGGCUUCUAAAGUCACAGAAGUAGACGUUUCCUUGCCAACACCAGAACUCCAGGCAGAUUUCUCAGAUGGCCCAGUUGGAGCUACCCCCUCAAGGGGAAUGGAUAAGUUGGCAGUGACUGCUUCCACGGGUCUUCAACUCCCAGAACCCGACAAUAAGAUCUUGGAGGCACCUGAGAAAGUGACAGAAAAACCUGAAUCAAAGGCCCUGGCAGAGGGGAAGAAGGAAGAAAAAAGAGUGGCAGAACCGAUGAAAGGUUACAUGAGACCCACCAAGUCCCGAGGACUUCCUCCACUUUUGCCGAAAUCCACAGGACAGGAACGAGAGAGAGCCAAGCAAGCCAAGUCCAGCGGAAUAUCCAAGCCAGAAGAAGGACAACCUACAGUGAGCGUGACCGGAAAUGACAUCACCACCCCUCCAAACAAGGAGCUCCCACCAAGCCCAGAGAAGAAAACAAAGGUAGUUGCCAGAAUGCCUUUGGCCACAACUCAGCCUUCAAAGACUUCAACAUCGAAAGCCAAAACACAGCCCAGUCCUCUCCCUAAGCAGCCAGCUCCCACCGCCUUUGGUGGGUCAACUAAAAAACCCAUGAGCCUGGCUGCGGGCUCAGUACCGGCUGCCCCACCCAAACGCCCUGCCGCCGCCACUGCCAGGCCUUCCAUCUCUCCUUCAAAAGACGCGAAACCCAAGCCUGCUGCAGAGGCGAAGGUUCCAGAGAAGAAGGCCACGCCAGCCAAGCCGGCCACGCCAGCCAAGCCUGCCUCCACUCCGGCCUCCAGGCCUGGCUCCAGGGGCACCCCGACUGUCCCGAAAGCCCCAGCAGCUGCUCCCGUGACCUCAGCUGGGCCAGGCAGUAGGAGCAGUCCCAUGCCCCUGCCCAAGAAGCCUGCUGGCAUCAAGACGGAGGGAAGGCCCGCAGACGUCAAGAAGACGGUUACGAAGGCUGCACCAGCUGACUUGAGUCGCCCAAAGACCGCCUCCAGCAGCACCGUGAAGAAGACCGCCACCGUCCCUGGGGCCACUUCCCCAUCAGGCGCGGCUCCCAGCCGCGUCAAGCCCACACCCGUGCCGCCCCGGCCCUCCGGGACCCUUGCUCUGGACAAGAAGCCUGCGUCAGCCAGGUCCAGCUCCUCUGCCCCCAGGCUGAGCCGCCCGGCCACCAACACCUCUGCCCCUGAUCUGAAGAACGUUCGUGCCAAGGUUGGCUCCACGGAGAACAUCAAGCACCAGCCUGGAGGAGGCCGGGCCAAAGUAGAGGAGAAAACAGAGGCAGCUGCUGCAGCUCGAAAACCUGAACCUAAUGCGGCCACUAGAACAGCUGGCCCAAGUGCAGGGGCACAGAAACCACCUGCGGGGAAAGUCCAGAUAGUCUCCAAAAAAUUGAACUACAGCCAUAUUCAGUCCAAGUGUGGUUCCAAGGACAAUAUUAAGCAUGUCCCUGGAGGUGGUAAUGUUCAGAUUCAGAACAAGAAGGUGGACAUCUCCAAGGUCUCCUCCAAGUGCGGGUCCAAGGCCAACAUCAAGCACAAGCCUGGUGGAGGAGAUGUCAAGAUUGAGAGUCAGAAGCUGAACUUCAAGGAGAAGGCUCAGGCGAAGGUGGGGUCCCUGGAUAACGUGGGCCACCUGCCUGCAGGAGGUGCCGUGAAGACUGAGGGCGGUGGCAGCGAGGCCCCACCGUGUCCGGGCCCCCCUGCUGGGGAGGAGCCGGCCAUCCCUGAGGCAGUGCCCGAAGCUGGCGCCCCCACCCCAGCCAGUGGCCUCCAUGGCCACGCCACCCUGGCAGGGGGUGGUGACCAAAGGGAGGCCCAGACCUUGGACUGCCAGAUCCAGGAGACAAGCAUCUAAUGAUGACAUUCUGGUCUCGUCUUCCGUCCCCUUUGUUGCCCCUCUUGUCUCCUUCGUUACCCUCUCCCUUCCCUCCUCCCGUGUCACUGCAGAUUGAGACCUACAGGCUGACGUUCCGGGCAAACGCCAGGGCCCGCACCGACCACGGGGCCGACAUUGUCUCCCGCCCCCCCCACUUCCUUGGCGGCCCCAGCUCCGGCGCCCGGGCCCUUGGCUCCCUCCCCCGAGCUGCCCACUAGACCUGUGACCCCUUGGGUGCUGGGCAGCUCUCUAGGGCUCUCCCUCCCUCCCUCCCGCCCGCCUCGCUUGCCUGGGGCAGCAGCAGUUGUCCCCCACCCCCACCCCCCCCACCCCGGCCCCAGGCCCAGCUCUGUGUUCUGCUCCUGGCCCAUCAUGGCAUCACUGCUCCAGGGGGAAGCUUGGGAGGGGAGUGGGGCAGGGAGGCUAGCGCGGGAUCUCGGGGGAUCGGAGAGGAAGGAACGGGAUUCUAACCUCCUCUUUGUUUGGGUUUUUUGGACCAAACCCAAGAGAAACUGACAUACCCUCCCUCCUAGCUGGGUCCACCUGGAGGGAAGAGCAGAAUGUUCAUGUGAUGGCCCAGCCCUGUGUCCCCCGGAACUUGCUAAGCCACUGCCUCUCCCUUUGACCCCACAGUGCUGCCCACCAUGCAGGUGGUGCCAGACACCUCUUGCUACCCUGCCCCGAGUUAGCUAGGGGUCAGCGCUGCGUGUCCCCACUGCCUCCCAUAUCUGCCUAGCUGCUGUCGUAAUUUUUUUUUUUCUUGUUUUAUCCCCCUUUUUUAAAUAACCUAAAAACUGGUGGAGUAGUUUUGCAAGUUGAAGUCAUGUCUGAAUGAAAGUCCUCAGUAGGUGUUAAAGGAAGCGGGGAGGGGAGAUGCGUGAGCCUCCAGCCGGGAGGUCAGGCACCGGCCUGGCCUGCAGCUCGGAGCCCUGGAGGCCGUGCGGGCAGAGCGGGGGCAUGGGGCCGCGGCCCGGGAGCAGGGAGCGCGUGCUAGGGGCUGGUCCGAGUGUGGGCUGCUGGUUCUGGCAUUUGCGUGUAUGCUGCUUUUCUGUUCUAACCAAGAGGCUGGUUUGGGCAUCUCUGUCUGUCUCAUUCCUGGGAUCUGGAGGGAGAUACAAGGUCAGGGCUGGGAACGGCCGUGGAGGUCAAAGGCCUCCAGGCCUGCAGACCAAGGACACUCGUGCCCUCAGCUCCUGGGGAGCCCGAGGCGUCCAGACCUUGUGUGGGUAGUGGGGAAUCAGGACCGGAAAUUUAAAAAUAAAGGCAUGAGACUGAGGCCGUCCCCUGUCCCCGACAGCCUGACUGGAGAGGAGAGGGAGGCGAGGCGAGGCCAGCCUGCGGAGGGGUCCCUGCUAGGCCCGCCGUUGGGGUGGCUGCAAUGAGGAAAAAUCCCGGGAAUCCUAUUGACACGAAGAUUCUUACUGCACUUGUAUUUUUUGUAUUAAAGUUUGCAUGGUUUCUAAUAAAGGAUUAAACCUACCAGCUUGCAGUGAAGUGGCCUGGGAGUCUCAGGGCUUCUCUCGCAGGGCACUUCCCAUGGUGUGGCCUGGGUGUCUUGCCCUCUGGCCCCCGGCUCCUGUCCCUCGGAGCCAAGAAGGGGGGCCCUGGAAGUGGGUUCAGAUUUGAUUUCCUUGUAGAGGGUGGGCAUCUGGGUGGGGCCGCUCUCCCCAUUCCCAGGGCAGAUGUGCUGUGAGAGGUUUGCCACCGCAUCCCAGCUCCCAAGGCGUAGGUCUUGGGGACAAAGUGCUUCCAGAGCCGGACUGUCUAGCACGCGCCACCAUGCGGGAGGUCAGGGCGCCUGUGUUUCUGAGCUGGAGGAAGGGGCAGGAUGAAGC